AUGCGUUCUGCGGCCGAAUUUUUCUAUUCGGCUGUGUUUGCGUUCUCGACGCUCACCAACGCCGAGAGUUAUGGGAGCAAAGCCGGUCUACAACAAUAUAGCCAUGAAAAAUGCGCGCUGGAACCGUCCGCCAUGGUGUCGGACGCCUGCGCUUCCUAUGCGACCCUCGAUGCCCUGAAUGAUCAAAUCUACCCGCUCCUCCAGUCUAUCACGCAAGAAACCGACUUCUUCUCCUAUUACCGCCUCAACCUCUUCAACAAGGUCUGUCCUUUCUGGUCGGACGCCAACAGCAUGUGUGGGAACAUCGCAUGUUCAGUAAAUACAAUCGAGUCGGAAGAAGAUAUCCCAUUGACGUGGCGGGCGGAGGAACUGAGUAAGCUUGAAGGACCCAAGGCUGGCCAUCCGGGUCGCAGGCAGCAGAAGGAGCGGCCCCGGGACCGCCCGCUUCAAGGCAUGCUGGGAGAAAACGUGGGAGAAAGUUGUGUCGUCGAGUACGACGAUGAAUGCGACGAACGGGACUACUGUGUCCCCGAGGACGAGGGCGCCAGCAGCAAAGGAGACUACGUCAGUCUGGUGGACAACCCAGAGCGGUUCACCGGUUAUGCCGGCAUGGGAGCGCACCAAGUCUGGGAUGCGAUUUAUCGCGAAAACUGCUUCCUCAAGCCUGCCUCCCAACUGGAGCUGUCGCCCAAUCCCCAGCUUGGCGAUCUUCAGGCCAUGAACGACUUUCGCAGUGUACUUCAGCAGGAGUUGAAACGCCCGGACCGCCUUCCCCUUGACAAUGAGUGCCUUGAGAAGCGGGUCUUUCAUCGGCUCAUCAGUGGAAUGCAUGCCUCCAUCUCGACGCAUCUGUGCUGGGAUUACCUUAACCAGACGACCGGGCAGUGGCACCCCAACCUGCAAUGCUUCAAGGAGCGUCUGCAUGACCACCCGGAGCGCAUCUCGAACCUGUACUUCAACUAUGCCCUGGUCUCCCGGGCUGUGGCGAAGCUGCAGAAACAUCUCAAGAGCUACAACUACUGUACUAGCGACCCCAAACAAGAUACCCAGACUCGUGAAAAGGUCUCGUUGUUGACAGACACCCUUGCCCAGCGGCCGCAGAUCUUCGAUGAGAAUAUUAUGUUCCAGGAUCCCAGCGCCCUUGGUUUGAAGGAAGAUUUCCGCAAUCGUUUCCGAAACGUGAGUCGACUGAUGGACUGCGUGGGGUGCGAUAAGUGCCGCCUCUGGGGCAAGCUUCAAGUCAACGGAUACGGAACUGCCUUGAAAGUGCUCUUUGAGUACGAUGAGACCAAGAACGGCGAGAACCCGUUGCUGCGCCGGACUGAACUGGUCGCCCUGAUCAACACCCUUGGUCGUAUCUCCCACAGUGUAGCCGCAGUUCGCAGCUUUCACCGCGCUAUGGAGGUCGGAGACGGCGAGGUGUUUUCGAUCCCCGCCAGCGUUUCGUCCAAGAGCCGUGGAGAGAAAUCCCGGCGCCUGCUCAAGGAUGGAGGAUCAACGUUCUACUAUGAGAACGACGACGAGGACUUUGUGUAUAUCUCCGAAAAGCUUCCUUGGGAACGGGUUCGGGAACGUCGCGAAACCGACACCAUCUGGGAUGAUGUCAAGGCCGAGUUCUCCCUUGUCUGGGACACAUAUGUCUAUGUGCUGAGGAGCUGGGCGAACGUUCCAAAGACACUGUUCGAGAUUGUUGUGAUCGAGUUCGCUCGGGUGUGGAAUUACUGGCUGGGGCUUCCGGUGCCGCCACGAGCAUGGAAAGUCCGGACUCCUCGACAGGCCAUGCAAGCUCGUGACGAGUUGUAG